UUUCUUCUAUUUAUAUUUAUUUCUUGAAUCCAUUGUCGCCUUCAAACAUGGCCGAGGCUCUUGUUUCAUCAACCUUGGAACAACUGUUUUCAAUCCUCUGCCAACGGACAGUAAAGGGAACAGCACCAAAUGUUGGUGUUGACAAAGAAGUUGAAAAACUCACUGACAAUUUGCUGGCCAUUCAAGCUGUGGUUAAGGAUGCGGAGCAAAAACAAGUGGAAGAGGAAGCUGUGAGGGACUGGUUACAGAAACUUAAAAACUCAUCCUCUGAAGUGAACAAUGUAUUGGAUAAGUGGAGCACAAUCAUCAGCAAAUUACAACUUAAGGAUGUUGAAAAUGAUUCCAAGCCUUUGAGUAAGGUAUGUUCCCUUGAGUCUUACUAUCUAUAUUGUGCUGGGAAAUUUGCCCUGAAUUUUCAAGUUGCUGGUCCAAUUAAAAAGCUAAAUAAAAAACUAGCUAAUGUUGCCAAGGAUAAAGAUAGAUUUAAGAUUAGCAGCUUAUCUGAGGGUAUUGAAACUCUAAAUCAGCCAAUACCUAGCCCUGUUAAACCAAAUCUUUAUGGAAGAGAUCAUGCUAAGGAGGAAUUAGAGUAUCUCUUGCUGCAAAAAAAUUGGCCAGAAAAAGCCCCUCCUAUUAUUCCCAUUGUAGGGAUAGACGGAAUUGGAAAAACAACUCUUGCUCGAUUUAUAUUUAAUGAUGAUAAAAUACAAGCUCAUUUUGAAAUAAGAAUAUGGGUCUGUGUGUCUCGUCCUUUCAACGUGUCAAGGAUAGCGAAAGCAAUCCUUGAAUGCCUCACAAAUAAGAAACAAAAUUUAGUUGAAUUGGAAAUUGUCUUGCAAAACAUUGGUCAAUAUAUUAAGGGAAAGAAAUUUUUGCUUGUCUUAGAUGAUUUGUGGAUUGAAGAAGUCCAAGAUAAUUGGAGAAACUUAAUGGAAUGUCUUAAGUUGGGUUCCACAAAAAGUAGAGUUUUGGUGACCUCACGAAAAAAGAAACAUGCAAAAGAAAUUAAAACUAAUGAAAUGGUCAUACUUGAGAAAUUGUCCGACGAAGAAUGUGAGUCAUUGUUUAAAGAUCAAGUUCCAAUAAUAAAGGAGACAAAUGAAAGGUGUAAAAAAUUAGGCGAAAUUGGUAGCAAGAUUGUGAAAAAGUGUAAUGGUUUGCCUCUAGCUAUAAAAAUGGUAGGAAAUCUCUUAAGUAUAAAAACGGAAAUUAAACAGUGGAACGAUGUCUUAGAGAAUGAGGUAUGGGAAUUAGAGGAUAUAGAAAAAGGAGUUUUCCCUUAUCUAUUGUUAUGUUAUUAUGAUUUGCCAUCUAAAUUGAAAAGAUGUUUCUUAUAUUGUGCUAUCUUUCCAAAAAACUAUGAGAUAAACAAAAGUGAGAUGAUUAAGCUAUGGAUGGCUCAAGAUUAUCUUAAAGUAGAAGGAAUGGAUGAUAUGGAGCUAAUUGGUGAAAAAUAUUUUGAAAACUUAAGGAUGAAAUCUUUCCUUGAAGAUAUUGAAAUAAGUCAAAGUGAUGGUAGCAUAACACAAUAUAAGAUGCAUAAUAUAGUGCAUGAUUUUGCUCAAUCACUUGCUACUAAUGAAUGUUUUUUGGUGGACGCUGAGCGUUCAGUAAAACAUCGUUCAAAAUUGGUUCAUAAGAAUGCUCAACAUUUGAUGAUACUAGGGAACUCAAUUCCUAACUCUAGUUAUACUAAGAAAAAAUUGCGUAGCCUUAUUGUUGAUAGUGAAUUUGAGUUUGGAGUGAAUCUAUCUACAUUGUUUGACCAGUUAACAUAUCUAAGGUCAUUAGAUUUGAGUUAUUGUUCAUGUGAAUCACUUUCAACAGAAAUCAGUAAACUGAUUCACUUAAGAUACCUUAAAUUAUCUGAAAAUAGAUAUUUAAAGGAGUUGCCUGAGUCAUUGUGUGCAUUGUAUAAUUUACAAACCUUAGAUCUGACUAAAUGUGUGAGUCUACAAAAACUUCCCAAUGGAAUAGAUCGGUUAAUGAACUUGAGGUAUCUGAAAAAUGUUAAGACUUAUUCAUUAAGUUACAUGCCAAAGGGAAUGGAGAGGUUGACUUGUCUUAGGGAAUUAAGCGAAUUCAUUAGAAGUAGUGGUGGCAGAGGUCAUGAUACUCUUGAGUGUUUAGGAAACAUGGACCACCUUCAAGGUUCUCUUGUUCUAAGAAGGUUGGGAAAUGAGGUUAGUGCUGAAGAAGCUGAGAAAGCAAAACUCAAUGUUAAGAAAAACCUUACCGAUUUGAGUUUGUCAUUCUAUAAGCUGGAAUCUGUAGGAAAGAGGAAGAGUGAGCAGGACAACAUAGUUCUUAAUGCCUUGCAACCACCUUUGAAUUUAGAGAAAUUAAGGAUAGACGAGUAUGAUUGCAAAUCUUUGCUUCCCCCUUGGUUGAUGUCAUUGUCCAAACUGAAAAUGUUAACUCUCUAUAGUUGCAUGAACCUGGAGCAAUUCCCUGAUCCUUUGGGAAAAUUACCAUCCCUUGAGUCACUCAAUAUAAGAUACAACAAUGGCUUAAGAAGUAUCAACAUUAGGUAUAUGAAAGACUGGGAAGAGAAUUUAAGAGUGCAAAGUAAUCAAGCACCAAUUGUUGUCUUUCCCAAAUUGAAAAAUCUCACCAUUAAGUACAUGGAAGAAUGGGAAGAUUGGGAAUGCGAUGAGAAGAGUUUAGAAAUUAUGCCAGAACUUUGUUCCUUAGAACUUGUGUCAUGCCCAAAGUUAAAGGGACUGCCUAGCCACAUUCUUUUUAAUACACGGUUGGAGAAACUGGCCAUCAAUCAUUGCUCUAUUAUAAAAAUAGAGAUACCAUCAUGUAAGGAUGCCAAUGCAUUCUCCAAUCUAAGGGUUAUAACUCUAGGUGGUUGCUUGAAUUGUGAGAAGUUGCCUCCUUUAGGAAAACUACCAUCACUUGAAUCAUUGUUUAUAAAAUUUAUGGAGGGUGUGGAAACGGUUGGUGAUGAAUUUUUGGGAAUAGAAGGUGGUGGCAAUGCCUUCCCCAAAUUAAAAACUCUUGAGUUUGAGGAUAUGACAGAAUGGAAAAUCUGGGAUAUUACAAUUACAACAGGACAAAUCAUGCCAUGUCUGCGCUCGUUAACAAUUAAACUAUGCGACAAAUUAAAGCACCUGCCCAUCUGCCUUUCUGACGUUAAAACCCUGGAGGCAUUCAACAUGUAUAACUGCCGUAUUCUAAGGCAAUUUUACAAGAAGAAAAAAGGAGAUGGCUUGCCAAAAUUUUCUAGUAUGACUAGUAUCAAAGUGGAUGACCAUUACGUGCAAAAUGAUGACAAUCGGAAUACACAGACAGCUGCUCCUGACAUUGACACAUAGGUUUCCUUCCAGUUGGCUUGAUUUCGUGCAGAAGAUUUAUUAGGACCUGGAAGAUGUUCAUGUGCGUUAGAAGAAAGCAAGCAAGCUUCCUGAUGUGAAGACCGCCCAGGAAAAUUGUCAUUGUUCUUAACUUGUACAUACAGGCUAAAUCUAUGGCUCAAAGUCUGCACCAAGUUUAAUGCAUGCAUCAAUUGUUUUCCAAAUGUUUUCCCAACUUUCUGAAGAAAAGGGCAAAAUUGAUUUUUUCAAAAGCAUGUUAAAAAAAUGGAAUUUGGUUUUCUUGUGAAUGAAUUGAAAAUUCCACUUUCAAAACAAAAUUCUCAAAUGCAUUAAAAUUAAAAUGUCAUUCAUCUGAGCCUUGAUUUGCUGAUCUUCCAAGGGUAAGAAUGCUUUUUUCUUGUUUCAAUUUAAGGUUGUUGAAUUGUAAAGUGUUAAGGUUUUUCAUUUCGAGAGUGUUGAAAGGUCUGAAGUGUGUGUAGCCUUUGUGUAAAAGAUGUAUUUGAAGAUCCUUCAUAAGGGUCUUAUUUCAUAGUAGAAUCCUCAAAGC